UGACCCCAUAGCCCCUUUCCCAGCCUCCAGACAGGAUCGCAGGAUGCCGCCAUCCCCCUGGAAGGAUCGGAGCUGCCGGGUGCUGGCCCAGAGGAAUCCCCGCGUGGCCCCUGUGGGUGCCUGGGUGGAAAGUGCCCCGGUGGGCCCGGAGCAGAGCUUGGCCUUUGCUUCAGCCUUUCAGGUGGAGGAGGAGCUGAAGAAGCAGCAGCAGCAGAAGGCGGCCAGGCUGAGGCGAUUCCAGGGCGAGGUGAAGCAGAGGGUGAACCAGCAGGUCAGGAUGAGAAGGAAGCUGCAGCUUCAGAGGUCCUAUGAAGCAGCAGAGCGGGAGAGCUGUGUGGCUGUGCAGUACGCAGGCUCCGCGCUGCGCCGGACCAGGAUGAACACGUGCCUAUUUCGGAGCCUUCCCACAUCCACCAUCGGCAUUCCUAGUGCUCCUCAUGCCAUCUCGGUGCCAUGGCAAGGGGAGCAGGAUGAGCCAUUCCAGCAGCAUGCUGCUGAGCUGAGCAAAACCAUGAAGCACAUUCGGCACAGGCUGGCGUCCUGCAGGACUGUGCCUCAAGGAGCAGGUCCCCCUGAACUCCCUGGUGGUUUCUGGAGGCAGGAGAAACCAGACUCUUGCAAGGUGUCUGGAGAAGAUGAGAGUGAGGAGCUGCUGCUGGCAGGACAACACAAUCUUCCAGCUGAACUGCAAGGCCAGGAGACAGUCCCUCCUCAGGCUGAGCAAGAUGACAACUUCUACAUCAAAAUUGAGUUCAACAAGUUCUGUGAUGGACCAGUGAAGGAGUCGAGCUUGCCUGAGCCAUCCCAGGGGUUGCACACUGAUCACCGUGUUCCCCUCGUCCUCUGGCCUGGGGUAGACCAAGAGGAAACCAAGAAGCAGCGGCAGGAUGAGUACCUGCGGUACAGGCGCCUCUUCAUGAGCAUUGAGCGUGAGCAAGUGAAGGAACAGCAGAGGCAGAAAGAGAGGCAGAAGAGAAUUACCAGGAUUAAGAGCAAGAAGGAGAACCAGCGGCGGGCAGCAGAGCAGAUGAUGCAGGAGGUGCCUGAGCAGCAGGAACCCUCCUCAGGUGCAGCAGCCUCUGAGAGCCUGGCCCAGCUUGAGCUGGAGGAGAGGAGAGUGAGGAAGGUGAAGGAGAAACAGCAGCGAGAUAAGGAGUCCAUGAGGUACAUGGAAGCUCUCAGAGCCCAGAUGAGGGAGAAGAUCAAACUCUCCAACAUUGAUUUGCCCCCACUGUGCUCCUGUGGGUCUGAUUUCUGGGAUUCCCACCCGGAUACCUGUGCCAACAACUGUGUCUUCUACAGAAACCACCAAGCCUACAGCCGUGCUCUGCGGUCUCUCAUCUCAUCUUGUGACCCCCUGGAUGGGAGCUCCUCGACCACACUCCCGCUCCGAGGCCUGGCCACGCUCUGCACUCGCUCAGGGAGGCGUCUGUGAUGGGAGAGCUCCAUGUGUGUGUCCCCUCCAUGGAUACAGCCCUGUGUGUGUCCUCAUCCAUGUAUCUCGGUGACUGUUAGAAGCAGGGAGCAGGGAGGGCUGUGCCCUCUCC